GGUAGAAGAAGACUUCACACAAUUACAAUUACUAUUACUUCUCUCUCUUUGACUUCGUCACUCUCUUCUUCUUUCUUCUCCACGUCUUCUCUAUAUAUCUUUCUUCAUUCUAAAUCAUUUUUAUUUUCUAUUAUAAUAAUAAUUAAUGAUCUAGCUUUUUUCUUUCUUUAAGAUGUUAACAUUUCCGACGAUGAAUCUAAUAAGCACAAACGGAGGAGCAACAUGGUGUGAUGAGAAUGAGAAUGAAGAUGAUGAAAACCGCGGCGGUGGCAUGAAUCGUGUAACUAUGGAUGAAGUUGAUUUCUUCUCAAAUGAUAAAUCAGAACAACAACAACAACAACAACUUGAUGAUCAUGUUUCAAUCAAGAAGACUAACAAUAAUCAGAUUUACGAUCCUCAUUGCAAUCUCCGCGCUCACCAUGUCAACACCGGUUUACAACUCCUUAUUACAAACACUGGAAGUGAUCAAUCAAUGAUGGAUGAUAGAACUUCAAUAAAUGCUCAAGAUAAUAAGCGUGCCAAGACUCAACAGACUGAUCAAUUGCAAGAGGAGCUUGGUCGUGUUAAUGCAGAGAACCAAAAGCUGAAGGACAUGCUUAGUGACAUGAACAGUAGCUACACAAACUUGCAUAACCGUUUUAUAUCCUUAAUGCAACAGCAACAGAACCAAACCACAGAACAUGAUCAUAUUGUCAAUGGAAAAGCUGUGGAGAAAGGAGAUGGUGUGGUGGCUAGAAAGUUCAUGAAUGGUCCAGCAGCAGAAGUAGAUGAUCAGCAAGAGCCUGAACCAUGCACACCUCAGAACAAUCAUAAAGAGCCUGAUCCGGACGCAUCAGAACUAGUACAACUUUUGGACCGAAGUCAGCUUCCCAGAUUAAACCCCUCCAACGCUGCUGAUCAAGCCAAUGCAGAAGCCACUAUGAGAAAAGCACGAGUCUCAGUCCGUGCUAGAUCAGAAGCCCACAUGAUCAAUGAUGGAUGCCAAUGGCGAAAAUACGGACAAAAAAUGGCUAAAGGAAACCCUUGUCCUCGUGCCUAUUAUAGAUGCACAAUGGCUCUUGGUUGCCCCGUUCGCAAACAAGUUCAACGAUGUGCGGAGGACAGAUCAAUUUUGAUAACAACAUAUGAAGGGACACAUAGCCAUCCACUCCCACCUGCUGCUAUGCCAAUGGCAUCGACCACCGCAGCUGCUGCUACCGUGUUACUAUCUGGGUCAAUGUCAAGUGCUGAUGGGGUGAUGAACCCCAAUUUACUAGCCAGAAUUCUUCCUAAUUGCUCUUCUAGCAUGGCCACACUCUCAGCAUCAGCACCAUUUCCUACUGUGACACUAGACCUUACACGCGACACUACAGAUAAUAACGGAAAUUCUCCUUCCCAAUUCCAGCUUGGACAGCCUCAAAACUUUGGAUCAGGACAAUUACCACAGGUGAUUGCACAAGCACUUUAUAACCAAUCCAAAUUCUCCGGCCUUCAAAUGUCUCAAGAUGUUGGAGGCUCUUCCCAGUUGCAUCCAACUCAACAGGCAUCAUCACUAAGUGCCGCCAUCACCGCGGAUCCAAACUUCACGGCAGCACUCGCAGCUGCUAUCUCCUCCAUAAUUGGUGCUGCUCCUCCCAGCAACAAUAACAGUAAUCCCAAUAUCAUCAACAGUGCUACCUACAAUCAGUAGCAUAUUUUUCAGGAAGCUAAAAGCUCUUGGGUUCUAUAAGUCUGUUUGGCAAGAGAGCUUAUGGCCUAUGAGUCUAUUUGCGUUUUGUUUAAAUUUUGUUAGCCAUAACAUUCUUUAGUUUUUUAAAAAGAAAGUGGGACAGUUAAAAUGAAUUUGUGGAUGUUCAUUUUACUUUUGCUCACUAUAGGUUUCAGAAUAGAACAUUCCAUUCUUUUCUUCCUUGUUUCAUCUUUAUUUUUAUUUUUAUUUUGAAGGAUUUGUUUCAUCUUUAA